CUGCAAUGGGGGAUCCGGGGCUUCCUACUGACUCAGGCCGCACAGGGGACAAGAAUCUAACCAAUGGCCACAGCGAUGAGGAGGAACCGUUCCUUAGGAAAAACCCUCAACGAUUUGUCAUUUUCCCAAUUCACUACCCGGAUAUCUGGAAAAUGUAUAAGAAGGCCCAGGCCUCAUUCUGGACGGCAGAGGAAGUCGACUUAUCCAAAGAUCUUGUCCACUGGGAAAAGCUGAAGCCGGAGGAGAGAAACUUUAUUUCACACAUCCUGGCCUUCUUUGCUGCUAGCGAUGGUAUAGUCAAUGAGAAUCUGGUGGAGCGCUUCAGUCAGGAGGUGCAAGUCCCGGAGGCUCGCUGCUUUUAUGGCUUCCAGAUUCUCAUAGAGAAUGUUCAUUCAGAGAUGUACAGCCUGCUCAUAGAGACCUACAUAAAAGAUCCCCGGAGACGAGAGUUUUUAUUCAAUGCCAUAGAAACGAUGCCCUGUGUAAGGAAAAAAGCGCAGUGGGCACUAAGGUGGAUAUCCGAUCGGAAAGCUUCCUUUGGAGAGAGAGUGGUGGCAUUCGCUGCAGUAGAAGGAAUAUUCUUCUCUGGAUCCUUUGCUGCUAUUUUCUGGCUAAAGAAACGGGGACUCAUGCCUGGACUCACCUUCUCCAAUGAGCUGAUCAGUAGAGAUGAGGGUCUCCACACUGACUUUGCCUGCCUGAUGUUCCAUUACUUGGUUAAGAAGCCUACAGAAGAGCGAGUCACUGAGAUUAUUGUUAAUGCAGUCAGAAUUGAGCAGGAGUUCCUGACGGAAGCCUUGCCAGUGAGUCUCAUCGGGAUGAACUGUACCUUAAUGAAGACUUACAUUGAGUUUGUAGCUGAUCGGCUGCUUGUGGAACUUGGGUGUUCAAAGGCAUUUAAAGCAGAAAACCCCUUUGAUUUCAUGGAGAACAUUUCUCUGGAAGGGAAAACCAAUUUCUUUGAGAAACGGGUUUCAGAGUACCAGCGUUUUGCCGUCAUGGCGCACACAGAAGACAAUGUCUUUACACUGGAUGCAGAUUUCUGAUUGGCUAGUGAUAUUGUGAACAGGCAAACUGGAGUCUUUGGUGGAAGCAAGAGUAAGCUUGGGAUGGAGCUGAGAAUUCCCUUCACUCGCCAGUAUCCAGCACUGAGUAUCAAGUCUUGGGGGCAGGUUCUGCCUUUGUUGGCAUUAGGAUCCAAAAUGGCACUCUGGGGCCCUCCUGCCAGUAGGUUCAAUAGGGCCUCUAAAUCUACAAUAUUGAACUUUAUAAUAGGUUGGUUAACAGUGCCUUGGGAAUGGUGGUGCCCAGUACAGCUGUGCCCUGGUUCUUGUGUAAUGGUUGCCAAUAGGUAUCACAUUAUUUAUAGAGCCCCAGGCUGCUAUCCAAGCUCUUGGGGACAAUCAUAGGUGCUAAAUUGCAUUAGUGCAAUUACCCAAAGCAAACAAUCAGAUAUUUUUAUUCAUUUUCUUUUGGCGAAUGCAGGUGUGCAAUUUAGCACCUAUGUUAAUAAAUGAGCCUUCCACUUUCCAACACAAAAUGAAGGUUAAAAAGAAAAUCAACAUUUUCUUUCCACAAUUCCAGUGUAGAGCUGAGAUUUGCCCACCAAGUGUUGUGGGAAUACAGAGUAUUAUAGAGUUUUAGUUUAGCUAUGUAUUGCUGCUACCGUAGCUUUCAGCACUGGCGAGAUCUGAACUGCGGUCAAAGUCAGUGGCAGGGUGGGGAGUAGGGGUUGGCAGCGGUGGCACCUCGCCAGGGUACACACACGUGCUGGCAGGCAGCAGGGCACACCAGCCAAACCACUCAACAUAGCAGCUGCACUAUUUGCCCUUGUCUCUCUAUCCUUCCAAUGGAAGCUCAUUGCCACUAACUCUGCCAGACAGGGUGUAAUGGUUUUGCACAACUGUAAAGAAUGGGGGGUUGCCACACUUGCCUUGGGGGUUCUCCUUGGACUGGCAGAUCUGAUCACCCUGUUUAUUGACUGCCCAGUGUGUAUAUAUCUGCAAUGCAGUAACAGGGAGUAAGGCGGAGUGAUGUCCAACUUUAAACAUAUUUGUUUUUAAUUUAAGUUUAAGUCUCUAUAUAAUGUAUAAUGCUAUUUAUAUGGGUAACGAAGCUGGCUUUGUAUUUAUGUGUUCCUGAAAUACAGAGCUAGGGCUGAGCGUAUGCACAGCAUAGUAAUUUCAUUUAGCCCUAGUAGCGCCCUGUGUGUGCCCACUCCCUAUGUGCCCAUGCAAGCUGGGAAAUCGCCACUGGCCUCGGGGGGAAAGACUGGUAAAUUUUGAUCAUUCGGGGGUGCUUAACAAAUUGCCACGCUGCCCCAGAUAUUUAAACUUUACUGUAAAGGGUCAGUAAUAAUUAUGUUCACUUGAGGGGGCUUAUUUAUAAAAAGGUGGAAAUAGAAUUAUUGUGUCAUGAAAUAAACAUGCAGUGUUUCCCCCUU